AUUAUUAUUGUUAUUUCAGGGUGUGAUGCAAGUUUAGCCAAUCCAAAUUUCCAGUGUCCCACACACAAGCACAACAAACCCGCAUCUCCACAAACUACGAAGCUUCCUCUAGCUUUGAGAUCACUUCCGCCGGAAGUGGGGUUGUGUGCAUCCAGUAUUCCGGGAGCUGGGUAUGGUAUUUGUGCCAAGCGCACCAUUCCAGUAGGUGCGUGGAUUGGUCCUUAUGAAGGAAAAUUUUUUAAACCCGAAGAGCUUUCUUCAUCAACGGAUACAUCGUACAUGUGGGAGGUAUGUUGUGAGAUUUAUUUUUUAAAUUAGAAGUGAGUAUCAGCGAGAAAUCGCUAGCUUGCCUAGCAUCAUGCAUACUCCACGGGGAGGGGGAGGGUUAGAAGGAUAAAGUUCUCGUCUUUGAAUCCCUCCCUCCCUUCCCUCUCCACUAAUCCAAUGCAUCUUUCGAAGGAGCCCAUACAAAGGCUAUGGAAUUAAUUAUAUAUUAAAACUUAAAUGCUUAAAGUCCUCUUCAGCAGGGCAAGCCAUGCACUCAUACUUUUCAUCUCUACAAACUUCCCGAAGAUUAACAUGUUAAAAAUGGGACGACUCUUUUGUCUUCACAAAUUUCGAAAACAUGACGAAAACUUAACGACGCACUUGAAAGCGUGUGUAAGACCCCGCGCUUCGUGUGACCUUGCGAGAGGCGAUAUUUCGCGCAGUGUUUUGCUCGCAAUUUAGUUUGCUUUUCCUUCAGGACUACUCGUAAACUGUAAUGCUCGGGAAAAAAAGGCUUAAAGUCCUUAUUGCAGCAAUCUAAAAAGGCUGAUAUUUACGUUGCAGAUCUUUAAAGACGGUAAAUUAGCAGGAUUUGUUGACGGAAGUGACGAAAAGGUGUCGAGCUGGAUGCGUUUCAUCCGCUGCGCCAGACACAAGAAGGAACAAAACUUAUUCGCGUUCCAGUUUUUGGGAAAAAUUUACUACCGCUCAUUCAAGGCCAUCUUGCCUGGAGAGGAAAUGUUGGUGUGGUACGACGAAAAGUACCCGCAGUAUCUUGGGAUUCCUAGCGCUAUAUUCGAUCUGGGUGCAGUUCCUGGAAAAGGUAAAAGUUUUAGAAUUAAGUAAUAUUAAUAUUUUUAUCACCAUCAACAUCAUGAUCAUCAUUAACAUUAUCAUUAUUAUCACGUAAUGAAAUUAAUCAUCAUGAUGAUAAACUUCAGUACCGUCUUCAAAAACUAAAUACAACAUUGUUAGAGAAAAAAAAACGGAAAUUAAAGUAUUAAAGUUUAUAGUGCAAAGUAUUCAGCUUAGUCCGGUCAUUCGCCCACCUUUGCUUGUUUUUAUGAGCAAUGACCAGUCCCACUUGUACGACGGCGAACGUAAUACAUAUGCGUGCUAUACUAGUGUAAUUAGUAAAAUAGGUGAAAGGAGCACCUACUAAUUCUUUUAAUUUUAUUUGAUUUUCGCCAAAUACCUGACACGUGAGAUUUUAACAUUUCUCGCGUAUUUAUUUCCGAUAGGUCCUAAGGGGAUGCCGGAAAAAUCGGGGACGGUUCUUCCACAAACGAAGGAGUGUGUGUCAAUUGAGACAAAUCAAUUUCCACCCACCCCUCCGAGCUCUGUACCUUCACCUUCCAGUCCACUCUCACCCGAAACUCAUCAGCUUCACUCUCCUUCUAAAGCUGUCAGUGGAGAACCCUUGACAGGGCUACAAAGUGAAGUACCUUCCGCUUUCGACUUUUCAUCCGCUCCACAUUACCCACAAUCGCCUCCGCUGCCCUCACCAGAGAGUCUUAGAAGUAAUACUUCUUCGCCCAGCACCAGCGAAGACGGACACAACGCCCCGUUGAAACCAAAGCAGACGGUGUUUUCCAAUGUCACUGAGCUGAGCCUGUGGAAAUGCGGUCAGUGUAACAAGUCAUUCCCACAGCGGACCAUGCUCCAAGUUCAUGUCUGUAACGAGUCUCCUCACAAACCGUACCAGUGCGGUCACUGCGCGCUAAGCUUCUCUCGCCCAGCUGAGCUUCGUGCUCAUGCGGUCAGUCACGCCAGUAAAAAGCCAUUUAAGUGCGGCUACUGUUCCCGCGCUUUUGCAGGGGCGACCACUUUGAACAAUCACAUCAGAACACACACCGGCGAGAAACCUUUUGUGUGCGAUAAA